UGUUUGAUCAUCGUAUUUUGCUCACGUUCUUGCAGCUCGGAAGUGAACUUUUCUCACAAGAAUUGUACACAAUUUGUGUACAUUCAAUCAUGUAAAUGGUAUUAUUUGUAUAAUUGAAAUAAGUGGGAGACUCACAUCAUGGACAGUUUGGUACACCGGUUCCUCGUAUGCUUCUUUUUACAAGUUGUUCUGCUUCUAAGAAUAAAUGCCGUGCCAGGGCGAUCAAACAACUCAACGCCCAUCCAUCAUGAGCCAAACAGUUGGGAUGUGCCCCACUCAAGUGCAGUUUGUAAAGAAGGCUGGCACAUGUACCAGCCCACUUUCUCUUGCUUUAAAAGUUUUGGGUCAGUCUUCGUACAGCAGAGUGCGUUAGACUUCUGCACAACGGCAGAAAGCCAUCUGGCUACCGUCACAGAGCCUGAGCUGGACUACCUCGCUGCCUUGUCGUGGGUGGGUCAGGAAUCGUCUCAGACAUGGUGGAUGGGGUAUGAGAUGCGUCAGGUCGGGGACAACUCCACAGAGUGGCAGUUGGUGGACGUGGCCGAUAAAGGUGGUGACUUGGGCUGGAUCGGCCUGGAAACGCCGACUGUUGAAACAGACGAGAUAAAACUGUGUGUUUUACUAGCCCUUGAAGCAGACACCAAACAGUCAGCUUGGCAUUUACAGUCAUGCACAGAGAAGUCAACUUUCUUGUGCAAACAAGAUGCCCACAAAGUAUGUUUAGAUCGUUCAGGCAAUGAGAUUUGGGAGGGAGAAAAAUACAUCCCUCCAGGAUCUGAUGCCUGCACAUCCUGCCGCUGUGUUGCCGGCAAACCAGAGAUGUGUCUAACCUCUAUGUGUGCACAGCCCCCAUGUGAGAACUAUCAGCCAGAUCCAGAUAAGUGUUGUCAUUAUAUCUGCAUAGAUGGUGGAGAUGCGGAUGAUAAACCCAAGUCGGAUAUGUCCGACACCAUGCGUUGGGUAUUGACCAUGCUGACAUCCUUCAUACUCUUAGGAAUGAUGCUCUUCAUGGUGUAUCGAAUGCGCCAAAAGAGAAUUGCUUAUCUCCGAUACAGAGCCCAGCAAAUGCGAGAGGGUAGUAUGAUGGACUUUGAGCCAGGGAGUGGUCCACCACCCAUACCCAACAUGGACGACUUUGACGGUGCUGUCUUCAGAGAGCCACCACCACCAUAUUCAUUUUUAAAAGAUGAGCGUCACAUUCCAGUAGAACAACCUCCGCCUUACAUUUCCACGGUGGGUCUCCAAAUGGACAUCAACAGAAAUCGUGACAGGAGGAGCAGUUUCCUUCAAAACAGCGACGCCAUGGUUCUACUGGAGGGCUCCGUCGGCUCCGAACCAAACACACCCACACUCGUUACAGGUGUUCCAGUAAUUCUACCUAGCCCCCCUGCCUACACCAGCAGUACUGAAAACAGCAAUGUGUCGUCCCCACAGACAGAGCAAAGCACUCCAGGGGGAGAAAGUUCAGCUGUCACAACGCCCUCUCAUCAAAUGAUACUACCAUCCAUCAACACUACCGUGUGAAACAGACUUCUUGUAUUAACGUUAGCGCAAAUGUUAAUAUGAAAAGCUGAGUCGCGAAGGUUUUUUCUUUGCAAAAAUGUUUACUUUUUUGCGUCCUUCACACUAACUUAUGACAUUCUUGUUGCUUUUGUGGUCAAGUCAUAAACCAGAUGGCAGGAUGCAUACAAAGUCAAUAGGAUAGAAAUAUCAAUAAUUUAAAAUUUUUAUUUGUUAGAUAUUGAAGUAGAUUGACUUUAUUUUUGGUAUUGAUGUAAAGUUUCUGUCAGUAGAGCUGUCAGUAGCUAUAAUAAGGACACUGACGCUUAUAAUUCUUGCAUUAUUUUGCUGGUCUGAGACCACUGAGGACUGGUUUUCUACUCUAUGUAUGAUCUGGGACCACUGUGCUCUAUUAACUUUUAUUACAAAUACAGGUACACCAAGAUGUGCACCACACUUUAUAGCACAGGGAUAUUGGCUUCCCAUUACCCUAAAGCUGCUUUAAACAAAAAAGGCCAGAAUAAUACAUCCUUUUUAUUUUAACCAACUCACACCUGUUAUUUCCAUGUUAUUACAGUUCCAAACAGUGGACAAUACUUUAUAAUUCGAUCAACACGUUUUGUGAUUAAAAUACUUGAUUAUAAUACCUGAAUGUGGUAUACCUGAUGAAGGUGGUAUACCUGAUGAAGGUGAUAUAUCUGAUUUAUACCAGAUUAUUGUGGUAUAAUAGUGGUAUACCUGAUUACAAUACCUUAAUAUAAUACCUGAUUGUGGUGGUAUGCCUCAUUAUGGAUGUUAGUGCUAUACCUAAUUAUUAUUGGGAGGUUUCGCACGCGAAUGGAUACGCAUACGCAAACAUUUAGCUAUCCGUAACCUACCUACAUGUAGCAAGCAGGUUAUCAGUGUCGUCUGCACGUAUAGCGGAUAGCGAGUAGCGUAUGACGUCAUACGUAUCCGUCGCACUAACCGUAUCCGUUCGCAUGCUAAACCUCCC